UGAGGCGGCGGCGCUGAGGAGGAGGAGGAGGAAGAGGCGGCGGCGGCGCGAUGCCGGCGGCGGCCGGGGGGCUGCUUUGGUGGAGCUGCUGCGUGCUGGCCGCGGCGGCCGGCGCCCCGAGGGCUAUCGCGGCGCAGGCAGUGUGCGCUGGCACAGAGAACAAGCUGAGCUCCCUCUCUGACCUGGAGCAGCAGUACCGGGCCCUGCGCAAAUACUAUGAGAACUGCGAGGUAGUUAUGGGCAACCUAGAAAUCACCAGCAUCGAGCACAACAGAGACCUCUCCUUCCUGCGGUCUAUCAGAGAAGUCACAGGCUACGUGUUAGUGGCUUUGAAUCAGUUUGAAUACCUGCCACUGGAGAACCUGCGCAUCGUUCGUGGGACCAAGCUGUAUGAAGACCGAUAUGCUCUGGCAAUUUUUCUCAACUACAGAAAGGAUGGUAAUUUUGGUCUCAGGGAACUUGGCUUGAGGAACUUGACAGAAAUACUGAAUGGAGGGGUGUAUGUUGGCCAGAACAAAUUCCUUUGCUUCGCAGACACCAUUCAUUGGCAGGAUAUUGUGCGUAACCCCUGGGCCUCCAACUUCACUUUGGUUCCAACAAAUGGCAGCUCGGGAUGUGGUCGAUGCCACAAGUCCUGCACGGGCCGAUGUUGGGGACCCACAGAGAAUCACUGCCAGACCUUAACAAAGACAGUGUGUGCAGAGCAGUGUGAUGGACGGUGCUACGGGCCCUACGUCAGCGACUGCUGCCACCGGGAGUGCGCUGGAGGCUGUUCUGGACCCAAAGACACUGAUUGCUUUGCCUGCAUGAAUUUCAAUGAUAGUGGAGCAUGUGUCACACAAUGCCCCCAGACAUUUGUGUACAAUCCUACUACCUUCCAACUGGAACAUAAUCACAAUGCCAAGUACACGUACGGGGCUUUUUGCGUCAAGAAGUGCCCACACAACUUUGUGGUAGAUUCCAGCUCUUGUGUCCGUGCAUGUCCAAGCUCCAAGAUGGAGGUUGAAGAAAAUGGUAUUAAGAUGUGUAAGCCCUGCACUGACAUUUGUCCUAAAGCGUGUGAUGGCAUUGGAACGGGGAGCUUAGUAUCAGCUCAGACUGUGGAUUCCAGCAACAUCGACAAGUUCAUAAACUGCACUAAGAUCAAUGGCAAUCUUAUCUUCCUUGUUACUGGGAUUCAUGGGGAUCCCUAUCACACAAUUGCUGCAAUUAAUCCUGAGAAAUUAAAUAUCUUCCAAACAGUGAGAGAGAUAACAGGGUAUUUGAACAUACAGUCGUGGCCUGAGAACAUGACUGACUUCAGGGUGUUUUCUAACUUGGUUACUAUUGGUGGAAGAGCUCUGUAUAGUGGCCUUUCCUUACUCAUCCUGAAGCAGCAAGGCAUUACCUCUUUACAGUUCCAGUCCUUGAAGCAGAUCAGCGCUGGUAACAUCUACAUAACAGACAACAGCAAUUUGUGCUACUACCACACAGUCAACUGGACCAGCCUUUUCAGCACACCCAGCCAAAAGACAGUCAUUCAUCGAAAUAAAAGAGCAGAGAACUGCACUGCUGAUGGAAUGGUGUGUAAUGAGUUAUGCUCAAGUGAUGGCUGCUGGGGGCCAGGGCCAGACCAGUGUCUCUCCUGCAAGCGCUUCAUUAGGGGGAGGACCUGCAUUGAAUCUUGUAACCUGUAUGAUGGGGAAUUUCGAGAGUUUGCAAAUGGUUCUGUUUGUGUGGAGUGUGAUCCCCAGUGUGAGAAGAUGGAAGACAACAUGAUCACGUGCUAUGGGCCGGGGCCUGACCACUGCACAAAGUGCUUCCAUUUUAAGGAUGGUCCGAACUGUGUGGAGAAAUGUCCUGAUGGCUUGCAGGGGGCAAACAGUUUCAUUUUCAAAUAUGCCGAUGAGGAUCGUGAGUGCCAUCCGUGUCAUCCAAAUUGCACCCAAGGGUGCAUAGGUCCGCGUAUCGAGGACUGCGUUGGCCUGAUGGAUAGGUGUAGAGGUCCCGCUAGUCAUGACUGCAUUUACUAUCCAUGGACACGACAGUCCACUUUACCACAACAUGCUAGAACCCCUUUGAUUGCUGCGGGAGUUAUUGGCGGCCUCUUCAUCAUCGUCAUCAUGGGCCUGACAUUCGCCGUGUACGUUCGACGCAAGAGCAUUAAAAAGAAGAGAGCAUUGCGGCGGUUCCUGGAGACUGAGCUUGUGGAACCCUUGACUCCAAGUGGUACAGCACCCAACCAAGCUCAGCUUCGCAUCCUGAAGGAAACUGAGCUGAAACGAGUGAAGGUUCUUGGCUCUGGAGCCUUUGGAACAGUAUACAAGGGUAUUUGGGUCCCCGAGGGAGAAACCGUUAAGAUUCCUGUGGCCAUUAAGAUCCUUAAUGAGACCACUGGUCCCAAAGCCAACGUGGAGUUUAUGGAUGAAGCUCUCAUCAUGGCCAGCAUGGACCAUCCACACCUGGUGAGACUCCUGGGGGUCUGCUUGAGCCCGACCAUCCAGCUUGUCACUCAGCUGAUGCCUCACGGCUGCCUGUUGGAUUACGUUCAUGAACAUAAGGACAACAUUGGCUCCCAGCUUCUGCUAAACUGGUGUGUCCAAAUAGCAAAGGGAAUGAUGUACCUGGAAGAGAGAAGACUUGUGCACCGGGACUUGGCAGCCCGCAAUGUCUUGGUGAAAUCACCAAACCACGUGAAGAUCACUGACUUUGGCCUGGCCAGACUUCUGGAAGGGGAUGAGAAGGAGUAUAAUGCUGACGGAGGGAAGAUGCCAAUUAAGUGGAUGGCUCUGGAGUGUAUACACUACAGGAAAUUUACCCAUCAGAGCGAUGUCUGGAGCUAUGGGGUCACUAUCUGGGAACUUAUGACCUUUGGUGGAAAGCCAUAUGAUGGGAUCCCAACUCGAGAGAUCCCAGACCUGCUGGAGAAGGGAGAGCGGUUGCCCCAGCCUCCAAUCUGCACUAUUGAUGUUUAUAUGGUGAUGGUGAAAUGCUGGAUGAUUGAUGCAGACAGUCGGCCUAAAUUCAAGGAGCUGGCUGCUGAAUUUUCUAGAAUGGCUCGAGACCCCCAGAGGUACCUGGUAAUUCAGGGAGACGAUCGUAUGAAGCUCCCCAGCCCAAAUGACAGCAAGUUCUUCCAAAACCUCCUUGAUGAGGAAGACCUGGAAGAUAUGAUGGAUGCUGAAGAGUAUCUCGUUCCUCAAGCUUUCAACAUCCCUCCUCCCAUCUACACUUCCAGGACAAGAAUUGAUUCCAACAGGAGUGAAAUUGGACACAGCCCUCCUCCUGCCUACACCCCUAUGUCAGGAGUCACGAUGUCGAAAUUUCCUUGCACGCCCUUGCUGAGAAGCAGAAUGAACCAGUUUGUGUACAGAGAUGGCGGCUAUGCUGCAGAGCAGGGAGUGCCGAUGCCAUACAGAGCUCCUGGCUGCAUCAUCCCAGAAGCCCCAGUUGCUCAAGGGGCAACGGCAGAGAUCUUUGAAGACACCUGCUGCAACGGCACACUGCGGAAGCAGGUGGCCACGCUGGCAAAGGAGGACAGCAGCACCCAGAGGUACAGCGCUGAUCCCACGGUCUUCAUACCAGAGCGGGUGAUUCGGGGAGAGCUGGAUGAGGAUGGCUAUAUGACGCCAAUGCGAGACAAACCCAAAACAGAUUACCUGAAUCCAGUGGAAGAGAAUCCGUUUGUCUCCCGACGAAAGAACGGAGAUCUCCAAGCUGUGGACAACCCAGAGUAUCACAGUGCUCCAAAUGGGCAGCCCAAAGCAGAGGAUGAGUAUGUGAAUGAGCCAUUGUACCUCAACACUUUUGCAAACACCUUGGAAAACGCUGAGUACCUGAAGAACAAUUUGCCAGAGAAAGCCAAGAAGGCCUUUGACAACCCAGACUACUGGAAUCACAGCCUGCCCCCACGAAGCACUCUCCAGCACCCGGACUACCUGCAAGAGUACAGCACAAAAUACUUUUACAAACAGAACGGACGGAUCCGGCCCAUUGUGGCAGAGAAUCCCGAAUACCUCUCCGAGUUCUCCCUGAAGCCUGGCACUGUGCUGCCCCCACCGCCCUACAGACACCGGAACACAGUGGUGUAGUAACCGUGGUCCUACAGAAGUGGAAAGGCAACCCCUUCUAGCUGCCUCACUCUCUCCCUUCUCUCCUCCCUACUUCCCUUUUUUCCUUCCAUGAGCUUCCUCUUCUUGCCAGUUCGCUCAUUUUUGCUAUUUCCAAGUGAAAGGAUGUCCUGGAGUCAUUUGCAGAUCGGGUUUGGAACUAAAAAGGAAGGAAGGAAGGAGACCGAAAGGAGGAGUGUACAGCCAGUGUUUCUCGCCUUCCGCAGAUCAGAGGAGCCAGACAGUACAGAAAAUCCACAGCAGUGUUGCUCGCUGUCAAGCUAGUCUCAGUGAUUCUACUCAGAUGCUGUAGGGGAAGCCACAAAGAGGCUGUCUCUCUCAGGAGGAACAGAUGAGUCCAUACAGCAUUCCUAGAAAUCUCAAUGCAGUUUCCAUUAGGGGAAAAAAUGGACAAUUUUUAUAACAUGUGUAAUAGCACAGUAAUUGAGAUUGAGCAUCCAGUUUUUUUCUCUAACACUUUUUAUCCCAGCAACUGAAAAAAUGGCUAACUUGGCUUUUCGUAAUCGUUCAAAUCUUCAUCGUGGCUUUCCCAGAGAUGAUGAUGUGACUCCAAGAGCCGGUGCCUGUCCUUGUUCUGAGCCACACCGUGAUUCUGUGCCACUUCCUGACCGCAGAGAGCCCGGCUGGAACUUGUGUGAAAUGACCAUUUUUGUAUAUGUGCCAACAGGACAAACAUUUUAAAUAGAAAAAUCCUUUCAGAAAUGAGUAGCAAAGCCCCACCCCCAGCGUGUUCUUCUCAAACCUAAAAGACAGGCCAAGAAAUCAAGCUUUGCAAGUAGAAGGCUCAGUUUUCCUGUUUUAUACCUGCUGAACAUGGGUACGUAAACACAAAUGAAUUCUUCCCUCUUUUUUUUCUUUGGGAUCAUGAAGGUAGCUGGGGAUGCUGUCAGGCAAUGCUGAGGACGAGACAACACUAGAGAGUUGCUGUGGGUCAUGGAGUCAGCCCAGCUUACUGUGGGGUGCUGGUGGGAAGGGUCCUUGAAACUGGAAGAAACAAAGACACUGGACUGGAGAAAAUGCACAUAGAAGUUCACUGGAAAGUUAGUUUGCACUUAAGCUCUGAUUUUAUUUGAACUGUUUUCUGGUUUUUGAAUGAAGCAAUAUGGAAGUGACCAGCAAAAUACAAAAUAAUAAUUUUAAAUUUUAAAAACUUAAAAAAAAAAAAAAAAAAAAUUAAUUGUAUGUAAAGGAUGACUGUGGAAAUGCCAAAAUGAAGCAAAUUGAGUCUUUGGUACAACAUCCACCAGUUUGGAAGUGCAUCACAUUGACUGUUUCAGAGAGCACAGUGACACAGCAGCUAGCUCUACUGCUGCCACGCGAAGGACAGCACAGCGAGCCCUGGAAGGGAUCCGAGGAGGGGAAAGCCUUGCUCCGGCACGCAGCACAGUGCAGAAUGCUUUUUUUUCUAACAGGGGGAUUACUCUGUCACAGAAUGCAGUGUAUACAUGACAUUUGCUAAGUCUGCGUGUGCAUGUGAUUCUCAGAGCUUUCAGUCACAAAAUGUGAAUCGGUAUGAGUUGGCCUCCCUGCGCUCAGUUCUGCGUUCAUCAGCCUCGGUUUUUAGAUAGACACCCAUACAACCCUCCUCCUGUUGGUAAGGAUCCUCUAGCCAUGGUUUGGGGUUUGUUUUGCAGAUGGGAAGCGUGGAACACAGGCCAGUGCUGAUGGCUCGCUCCUGGUGUGUGCCAACACCUGCUGUGUGAGCAUUUGUGCACCUGGUUCCCACCAAAAAUGUGCAGGCUGCAUUAGGUACCUGCAUAGAGCAGUCUGUGUCUCAUUAAGGCCUUUAAAAGGGGAGGGCAGUGUUAGUUUAUGCACUUCAGUACUAUUGAUGUCAAGAUCUCUGGGGUAACCCAGAAACAAAACCAGCAACAACCAGUAGUGUGGAGAUAGCAUCCACAAUCCUGCCUAUGAACACAGCCUGCAGUACUGACUGCAACCCUGGUGGCUUUGGGGCAGCUUGACAACAGGUAGGAGGAGGUUUUGAAGCUGGGUGGUUGGCAGGCAUGGCAGUGGAAAGGAAACGUGCGCGAUUGCUGAGCCAGUGCUGGUUCUGCCGACAGCCUGAUCCCACGCCACAUACGCCUAGGCCACCUCGAGGUAGUCGAGCUCAGCUCCAGUUGCAGGGCACUGCUAGGUCUGCUGUGUGAGGCUCUUCAGAGCUACUGAAGGGAGGAACUGGACCAGAUGGGAACAGAAAAAUGACCAGCACACCACUGAGGUGAGAUCAGUGAUUAGGGAAUGUCACACAGCUCAGUGGCCAUGUCUCCUCCUGACUCCCUCUGUAACUUCCUGAUUCUGAUGGGUAACAGAGGAUGGCACAUGGCGUGCCAGGGACCCUGCUCCAGGAAGGUUUCCUGGUAACAAUGCUGAAACACUGAGAAGUUGGGCUGCAGUGCCAGGCUGCCUGGGGAUGAAGACCGGCCAAGGACUGUGGAGGGCAGGUUCUAGCUUCACAGAAGCGGCCAAGGUGCGGUAGGUAGGUAAAGCAGAGGGGAAAGGUGGUCAGUUUAUCCCCUGAAAAGAUUGUACAAGAGGGUAACUCCAAGGCUUUACUGCUUGUGUAUGAAUUCAGAGAGGGGCAUGUGAAAGCUACUGGGGCCAAGGCACGUGUGUCUCCACAAAGAGACAGCUGUUCAUGGAAGGUGGAGACCUGCUCAUUUCUGUGGUAAGUAGGACUGGUGUUAGAACUAAUGAAAAUGUAAAUAACAGCUUUCUGUAACAUUUUAGCAUUUCUUACAUAGCUUGAAUUAUUUAUUCCUUUUAGUCGUUGUCUGUGGGUAAGGCGCUCUUGGUAGCGUGGAAACGCAGCGUUCCUUGGAGGGAGGCAGCACGUGGGGCUGGCUGUCACCUGGCACUGGGGGCUGUCCACACACAGCGCAUUUUGUCAGCAGGGAGCUGUAGGUAAGCAGCAGAAUUAUUUUCUCUGUCUCUGAUGAAAUCUCUGGUCCUGUGGCGGGACCUACACACAGCGCCAUCAGCUCCCACAGAUUCUCAUAGGCAGACAUCUAUUGGUCAAUGCUUUCCUUUUGCUCACGCACAAAAGAGGUGCGCUGCUUCUCAAGAGCAGGUACCUCUAUCAGCCUUAGUUUGAGUCAACUGUGCUAAACAAAGGAGAGCAGCAGCUGGUUUUCACCUGAUCUCUUGCAGUGAUGUUGCCAGCGGAGCUGAAAGUUUGUUGUGACAGAAGUGGAAGCUGCACUUCCUUGAUUUGCUCUAAAAAACAAAUAUUAAUUUUGUUUUUCUACAAAAUGGUUAAGGAGUUGAGCAUACAUGCUCAGAUGUAGUGCAGUAUUUACAACUUGUCUUGAGUGCAUAGCAGCGAUUGGAUCACAUGGAUCAGCUUUAGGUGCCCUCAGCUCAGCUGUCCUUCUUUUCCUGCAGAGCAAAAAGUCUCCAGGGCUGGCCCUUGAUCCCACCACUUACCUGGAAAAAAUGCAGUGAGUUUAUUUGAGGUGGGUAGCGAGGAGAAUGGUGUGUGCAGGGCAGCUGCCUCACUGCUGCUGGGGCCUGUGCAAACCAGUGCUUAUUGCCAGUUGAGAGCUGGGUGGGAGGCGCAAGCUCAGGUAGGUGUUCAUCUCCUUAGAAGGCUCUUGAGCUCAAAUGGGACUUGGAGAAAACAGGCUUUAACAAAGACUAGUCAGGCCUCUGGUGAUAAGUGACCUCUAGGGCUCUUAAAGACCAUCAUCUCAGAUCAGACAGCAUCACCCGAAGUUCUCUUCUGCCAGUGUUUAUAAGAAAUGUUGUUAAUUGCAAUAAUAUAAAAAGACUGAACGCAUAUUCAUUUCUAGCUCUGUCACCUGUAGUCUUUCCAUUAUGUUGGAUUGCAGACCUCUGCAGCUGACAGAACAGGUCAUGUGUUGUUACACAUUCUAGAUUUGGGUUCAGAUGUCACUUCUGAAAGCCAGGGCUGUACACAGGCAGGGGCUGGGUGGCUGCAGUAGUAUGUUUCCUUGCACACACGCUGUCCACGAGGGCAGCCUCAGCUGCUCAGAACAUGCCCUUGUUUUUAUUUUGAGCCUUUUGCUACAUGUUACACAAGUAGAAAUGGCCGCCAUUACAAUGGGCUUUUCAAAUCACAAAUAAAUGAGUGUUCCACCAUUGGAAGGAACUCUGGAAUGCCCAAGAGCACAGGUGGACACAAGUCACCUCAGUGAAGCACAAGGUCACACUCCACCUGACAAAGUGAGAGGGGAGAUGACUGGAAGGUAAGGCUGAAGGUAAGGCAUCUCUGUUUGUCCCACGGCCGUGGCUGGUAUCUGUGUGUAGGCUGGUACAAGGCACUCUGGGAACUAUUUAAGUCUGACUGACGGCAGUGGGGCUUUAUGAAAAGCAAAGGCAGGCUGAAGUGGUGAGCCCAGCUGGGGGCUCACCUUUGCUUAGCCAAGAGGAAUUAGGAAGCAUGAAGAGUUAGCACUACUUUUUUUUCCCUCUUUGAAAUUACAGAGCUUUGGACCGUAGAGAGGGAUUUUAGAGAUGUGUAAGGCCACGUGAGUAGUUGCAUCCCAGUUCUUCCCCCUCCUGUUGAAAAAAGCCAUGAGAUUGUGUUCCAAAUGUGUUGUGGAUGGAAC